AAAGAGCCUCGCCGGCGUCCCCGCCCGCACACUCGCGCACCCUCGCGCUCGGGCGCACACGGAACUGGCACGGGCGCCCGGAGCGAGCCAGCCAGCCAGCCAGCCAGCCAGCGAUCGGCGAUCCAGCCGGGGACCCACCGCGCCGAGCCAGCCCAGGAGCCCGCGAGCCGCGCCCGCCACGACCGACGCCCCCCGAGCCCCGCAGCCGCCCCCCGUCGGCCGGUGUCCCCGUCGUCCUCCCUGACCCAUGGCGCUGAAGCGGAUUCAGAAAGAAUUAAGUGACCUACAGCGUGACCCGCCUGCUCACUGCUCCGCCGGGCCCGUGGGAGACGACUUGUUCCACUGGCAAGCAACUAUUAUGGGACCUCCCGAUAGCGCAUAUCAAGGCGGAGUCUUCUUUCUCACUGUACAUUUUCCGACAGACUAUCCUUUUAAACCACCAAAGAUUGCUUUCACAACAAAAAUUUAUCAUCCAAACAUAAACAGUAAUGGAAGUAUUUGUCUUGAUAUCCUGAGGUCACAGUGGUCACCAGCUCUGACUGUAUCAAAAGUUUUAUUGUCCAUAUGUUCUCUACUUUGUGAUCCUAAUCCAGAUGACCCCUUAGUACCAGAUAUUGCACAAAUCUAUAAAUCAGACAAAGAAAAGUUAAGUCACAUUGACCCAAUAAUUGGUAUACAUAUGAUUACUGCACAUAAAUACAACAGACACGCAAGAGAAUGGACUCAGAAAUAUGCAAUGUAAAAUAAAAAAAAUUUUCAUAUAUACCAGAGUACUGUAAAAUCUAGGUUUUUUUCAAUAUUAGCAGUAAAUUGAGCACUGUUUACUGUUUCAUUGUAUCAUGAAAUCCUUUGAUUUUUAUCCAUUUUAAAUGUAUUUCUGAAGCAAGACUAAACCAACUUUCAAAAACACCCUUAAGACUGUGAUGAGAGCAUUUAUCAUUUUGUAUGCAUUGAGAAGGACAUUUAUUAUGGAUUUUAAGAUACUUGGACAUCUGCAUCUUCAGCUUACAAGAUCUACAAAGCAUCUGAAAAGUAACCAAAUUAUUUUUUGCUGAAAUUAGAUGUUUUUACAUGAGAAAUACUGUAUGUGUUGUCUGUGUCGUCAGUUUUAUAAAUCUAUUCAGAUUUCAUUCUUUGUUAGCUCACUUUAUAAUUUGUAUUUUUUUACUGUAUAGACUAAAUAUAUUCUAUUUACAUGUAUGUCAACUCAUUACUUUUUUCCUGUGAACAGUAUUGAAAAAAACCGAACAGCUGAUAAUUAAAUGAAUUAACUGUCUCUCUCCCUUGUCUUAGGGUUUUCUGUGUAGAUCAAUUGCAGAUUUCUUAAACCUGAAUGAUCUUUACACUGUAAUUCUCAGUAUACUGAUUAUGGAGAAACACUUGUUUUGAUUUUGUUAUACUUGACUUAACUUUAUUGCAAUGUGAAUUAAUUGCACUGCUAAGUAGGAAGAUGUGUAACUUUUAUUUGUUGUUAUUCACAUUUGAAUUUUUUUUCUGUAUAGGCAAUAUUAUAAUGACACCUUUUACAGAUCUUAAUGUAGCUUUUCCAUAUAAAUAAAAUGCUUUUUCUACUA